AUGGUUGCAACAACGAAAGAUAGAGAACGAGUGAAUCCUCCCAUGGGAGAUACCGAGCCUGAGCCAGCUAGAAUGGGCUCCAUCCGAUUUAUAACUGCGUUACAGUCUCAAUUACGUAACUUGAGGAAAGAUCAAGAGAGGGGAUUGAUGUAUGUGUACAUCUCAAUAAAUGGGAAAACCUCUAAAUCUCUAGUUGACACGGGAGCCACAUAUAUAUUUAUCUCUCCAGAGAAAGCUAAUAGAUGUGAGUUUAUUGUUACCAAGGAGGUGGGACAAAUGAAAGCAGUUAACUCCACUGCUUCAACGAUAUGUGGAGGGGCGAAGAGGGUUAGUAUCAAACUUGGGUCUUGGAAAGGAAGUGUAGAUUUCACUAUUUACCACAUGAAUGAUUUUGACGUGGUCUUAGGGCUCGAUUUUAUAAUGGCAGCCCAAGUGAUUCCUGUAACAGCAUCAAGUUGUUUAAUGUUCAUGGGGGAGCAACCAUGUGUGGUACCAGCUACAAUUCUCCCUUGUCCUGGGAAAAAAAUAUUGUAUGUGAUCCAAUUUAAGAAAGAGGAGAAAAAGGGGGAGACUUCAUUCAUAGUCUUUCUAAUUUCCAAAGAGGAUGCCAAUCCAGGUACGGUGCCCAAGAAUGUUCAAGCAGUGUUGAGAGACUUUGAGGAUGUAAUGCCAUAUGAAUUACCAAAAGAGUUGCCUCCUAGACGGUUGGUAGACCAUGAGAUUGAAUUGAUUCUGGGAGUAAAACCUCCUGCGAAGUACCCGUAUCGGAUGAGUCCUCCAGAGUUGGCAGAGUUGAGGAAACAAUUGGAUGAGUUGCUCCAAGCAGGAUUUAUUCGACUCUCGAAGUCACCUUUCGGGGGCGUCUAUGUGUUCCAUGACUAUCUCGAUAAAUUCGUAGUCAUCUACUUGGAUGAUAUAAUGAUCUUUAGCACUUCUAUGGAAGAGUACGAAGAGCAUCUUCGAUUGGUGCUAAUGAGAUUGCGGGAAAAUCAAUUGUUCGUGAAGAAGGAGAAAUGUGCUUUCGCCCAAACACAAGUCCAAUUUUUGGGCCACAUCAUUGAGAAAGAGCACAUUUGUAUGGAUAAGGAGAAGGUGAAGGCUAUCCAGGAGUGGCUGACCCCAAAAAAUGUUAGUGAGCUUAGAUCUUUCCUCGGUUUGGCCAAUUAUUACAGACGAUUUAUGGAAGGUUAUUCUCGUAGAGUAAAAUUACUCACUGAUUUGCUGAAGAAAGGUUAUGAGUGGGUUUGGUCCAAGGACUGUCAAGAGGCCUUUGAUGAUUUAAAGAAGGUGGUAAGUAGUGAACCAAUGCUUACCUUGCCGGACCUGGAAAAACCUCUAGAAGUAGAGACAGAUGCAUCCGACUAUGCGAUUGGAGGGGUACUCUUACAGGACGGACAUUCUGUAGCGUUUGAGAGUAGGAAGCUAAAUGAAACAGAAGUGAGGUAUACGGCUCCCGAUAAAGAACUUCUAGCAAAACUGUUGAAGCAAUAUCAUGAUACCCCAUGGGCUAGGCAUUCCGGUUGGAGGCGUACUAUUGCUUUAUUGGGAAAAGGGUAUUAUUGGCCCCAAAUGCGCCAAGAUAUGAUGGAUUAUACCAAUACAAGUCUUAUCUGUCAACAAGAUAAGGUAGAUCGACAGAGGACUGCCGGGUUGCUCGAGCCACUACCUGUGCCCGCUCGACCUUGGGAGAGUAUCUCCUUGGAUUUUAUAUCACGCUUGCCUCGAGUAGGAGAUCUUGGAUCAAUUUUGGUGGUAGUUGACAAGUUCUCUAAGUAUGCCACUUUUAUACUAGCAUCAAAGUAUUGUUCGGCGGAAGAGACUGCGAAGUUGAUGUUCAAACAUGUGGUGAAAUAUUGGGGCAUUCCUUAG